GUACCAGACUUGAACGCAACGCAACGCAGCCGCCGCCGCAGUCGCUGCCGUCGUCGCAGUCGUCGUCGUCGUCGCCCACCACCAAAAAUAAAGCGAAAAACAACAAUACCGCCGCGCUGCUAAGAAAGCCGAACGAAUGCACGAAUAACAGCCGACGAGGUUCUUAUUAGAUUUGUGCUUUGCUCUGUCUUAUUUGUUGUUGUUGUUCUUGUUGUCGAGCUUAGAACGCAGCAAAAAGCAAAAGCAGCAACAAUAACAACAAACAUUCGGGCCGCGCCUUUUUGCCUUUUGGUUCGUUCGUUUCGCAGUCUCUCUGCUUUUUUGUUCCGUUUCGUUUCGUUCGCCGUUCGCUGUUUGCUGUUCGCUGGUUCUUGCUGUUCGUCUGUCUGUCUGUCUCUCUGCAUUAGAACAAAACACGAGCGAACUUUUAACGAACGAACGAACGCUACCGAGCCGAGCGAGCACGCCGUGUGCUGUCGCUGCGCUGCCAACGUCGCGACGUCGCGUCGUCGUCGACUGACUUAUUGGCUUUAAGCGAAUUUGAAAUUCGCUCGAACUUUUAUUCAACGUGUUGGUUUCGUCGCGUGAGCAACUCUGAAACUGAAAACAAAAAUACUAAAAGCAAAAUAACAACAACAAUAUACAAAAUUCAUUUAUAUAUGUAUUUAUAUAAACACCACACCAAAACUUGCAAAGAGAAAAACAACAACAACAAAAAUACAUAUAUUCAAACUGUUUUGAGUUUUUCCUUCUACGGCCGUAAAUACACCAACAACAACAACAACACACACAUACAACUACACUCACGCAUUCGUAGCGUAACCCUAAAAACCGCAAGCCUAUUCGCCUCCUAUACGUGUGUGUGUUCCGUGUUCCCAAAACUAAUAUCGCGUUUAAUACAUUUUUUUGUGGUAUAUUUUUUUUUUUUUGUUUGUUGGUUCGUCAAUUGGAAAUUUUUCGUAUCGCGAGCGCGCGUCGCGUCGCAGCUUCCAAAAAUCGAUAUAGCAAUAUCUGCCUGAUCGUACUAUAUCUAUUAUACCAUAUAUAUAUAUUUUUUUUAAGUGUUAUACAAUCCCAAGAAAAAUAAAAGUGCUACCAAAAUGCCUUAUAACAGCGUCACGCUUUAGUGUCACAAGUGCAACUUAUUAAAUCGAGGGACCCACAGGGACCCCAUAAAAAAAAGCAAGCUAAAUAGAAAGAGAGAGAGAGUUGUAUAUAGAAAACUCGACUCGCUGACAGGUGCUGGAGUGUACAGUGUUGGUAAACAACAACAGCAACAACAACAACAACAACUAGAAGUCAACAACAAGAGACAAUCAACACAACAUUCUUCUGCAACAUCUUCAUCCGGCUCUUCAGCUGCAAACCGAAUCACACAACAGCCUCCCAAAAGGAAAACAAAAAUAAGCAGAAAAUACAAAAACAAAAACGAUUGCUGCAUUUUAUGAGCAAGCGUGCGGUUCGUCGUCGUCGUCGUUGUCGUCGUUAAUGUCUCGGAUGUCGUUGUUGAUGUGGAUGUGGAUGUCGACCGGUGCCGGUGGCCAAAACAUUCAGUCGAAUUCAACGCUGUGAGCAACACACGCUGGAAGCGCCGAUGGAACCGCGUCGCGACGCAGCGGCAACGGCAGCAGCGGCAGCGACAAUAACAACAACAAUAAAAACAACAACAACAAAAACAAUAUUGACAAAACAACAACAAUCAAAAGCCAGCUAAACAAAGUUGAGAAGAAAAACAACAACAAAUUUCCACAAGCAGUCAAAGUUUUAUUAACAACAAUUUGUGAUAACCGAGAGAGACAACAACCAACAAAAAAAAAUAAACAACAACAAGUAGAAGAAGACGCGAGUGUCCAAAAACAUAAAUAAUAAAUAAUAAAAAAAACAAUUUAUAUACUUAUAUAUAUAUAUACAUAUAUAUUUAUACAAAGCGCAUAUACAACAAUUCAAAAACAAACAUAAAAAUAUAAAAUAAAAAUUAAUUAACUAAAAGCAGUCCAACAAAUGCAACGCGUAGGCCUUCAACUGUGAUUUACAACAUAACAAAAUAAAAUAUAAAUUAAAAAAAAAAAACAAAACUAAAAGUUAAAAACAAAAAAAGAAAAAUCUAUCGUGCUAUUCAUUUUUGUUUCGUUUUUGUUUUCCUUUUUUUUAAUAUUAUUGUUUCGUGUGUGUUUUUCGACGCCUGCAAAAAGUCCAAUUUAUAAGUAAAACAAAACAAGCAAAAGAAACCUUUCCAACAACAAACAACUAAAAAGAGGCAGCAAUCAAAAUCAAAAUGUUCAACUCAAACAUACCGGCAACAUCGUUGCUCAGCAUCGAGGGCAGCAAUUGCUUGGGCGCCCAUACACCGAAGACGCCAGAGAUAUUAAAUUCGGUGAUCGCCAUGACAAAUCCGCUCGACAAUUUCAAUUUCAAUGCCUCAAACAGUUGCAGUGCCGCCUCCACGCCCCUUGUCACCAUACGCAACUUUUGCGGCAAUCCCAAUGGACAGUCGCAUUCGCAGGACAGCAGUCAUUCCAGUUGCUCGGCUUCGCCGCUCGAUUCGCCAGCGGGCACAGCGACCACGCCCAGUGUGCAACAGACCUGUUCGCAGCUGAUCAAAGCCGGCCUCAAACUGUCCAUACAGAGCAAACGCAAGUUGUCCACCUGCGACUCAAGCUCCGGCUCGGAGCAGCCCAACUCAAAGUGUUCGCGUCGCGACGAGGAUUGCGAAGAGUCCAGCGAUGAGGAUAGCGAAACGAAAUCCGCCCCCAAAGGACUGACGCCCGAGGACGAGGAUCGUCGCCGACGUCGCCGUGAACGCAACAAAAUCGCUGCCACCAAAUGCCGCAUGAAGAAACGCGAACGCACACAGAACCUGAUCAAAGAAUCCGAAGUGCUGGACACACAAAAUGUGGAGCUUAAGAAUCAAGUGCGCACCCUCGAAACCGAUCGUCGACGUCUGCUCGAGAUGUUGCAAGCGCAUGCGCCGAGCUGUGUGAAACGCGGUGGUUGCCAGUUGCCAUCGAAGUUGCUGCAAUCGCCGGCAUACAAGUAUUUGCCUGAGUUGGAGCUGGAUGGCGUAGGCAAUGGCAAUGGCAACGGUGGCAACAGCAGCAGCAGCAGCGAGGCAACAGGAACGAGCAGUGCGGCCAAUACGCCAACCUCCCACCAACAACAACAGCAGCAGCAACAUCUGCAGCAGCAGCAACAACAACAACAUAUGCAGAGCAUACCAUCCAUGUCGACGUUCAAGUUUGGCUCCAAGUCGCCAGCAGCAAUGGCAGCAGCUGUUGCCGCCGCCCAACAGCAGCAGCAGCAGCAGCAACAUCAUCAGCUGCAGCAGCAACAGUUGCCGAAUGGCUAUUGCAAGCCAUCGCCGAGUCCGCAGGAAUUCGAGCAUGCUGGCUACUUGAGUUCGCCCACCCAAGAGGCGCUUUGUCUGCCACAGCAGCAACAGUCGACCAUGAAUCCCGCCAGCAGCAACAGCAAUACCGACAACAGCAGCAACAACAACAACAAUAACAAUAGCAAUUUGGUGGUUAGUCAACAGGUGUCGGAUUAUGUGCCGAAUUGUGAGGGACUUAGCUUGGGUUUGGGCCUCUCCAUAGCCAUAACCACGCCCACCAACACCAACAGCAGUCGCAACAGCAAUAGCAGCAGCAACAACAGUAACAACAAUAGCAACAACAACAACAACGGCAGCAAUAACAAUCACAACAACAAUAACAACAACAACAACGGCAGCAGCAAUGGCAACAUUGUCAGCUCUUCGACGUCGAAUGUUGUUGUGAUACCGCCGCCAGCAACCACGCCCACCAGCAGCGCCAUCGAAUUUGUGAAAAACGAAUUGGUCGACUCACAGAGUCCCUACACCACCGCCUUGAGUGCCGAACGCUUUUUGUUCGAGCCGAGCGAGGGAUUCCCCGAUACGAAGCAUGCGGUGAGCGUGCAUCCGAGUAGCUUGAACAACAUGACCAGUGUGGCCAGCUUGGCGGUGCACAGCGGCAGCAAUCACAGCAACAACAGCAGCUGCAACAACAACAACAAUCAUCUGUUGGACUUUCACAACGGUUUGCCACACACCGGCAUCGGUGCCAUCGGCGGCGUUGGUGGCGGCAUCAUUGGUGGCAUUAUGACGCCGUGCUACGAGGAGGAUCAAUUGCUGUUGAUGAAAAACAGUUGCUAUACGAACGAUCUGUUGUCGCAUCUCAACGAUGAUGCAGCCGAUUUUGUUGAUCUGGAUACGGGUGCAGCGGCGUUUAUCACAAAUGGCGGUUGCCUGGCGUGAGAUCGGGCCCAACAUCAACAUCAACAACAGCAACGCUUUAACGAUCACGAACUGUUGCUGAUCUUCGAUCAACAGCAGCAUCAGCAGCAACAGCAGCAACAACUAGACGAUCAGCAACAUGUUGAACAACGCGAGCAACAGCGAGAGGUGGAGGAUGAUGCAAAUUGGGCUAAUGUGGACUAUUGGUGCUAGGCAGAGCACAAAAAGUGUAUGUGUGUGUGUGUGUGUUUGAGUGUGAGUGUGUGAGUAACGAGCAGCUAUCGAUCAGCUAUUUGAAACAUCUAUCUAUACACAUACACACACAGCUAAGCAAAUAUCCAAGUUCUUCCAACAACAACAACAACAACAGCAGCUCCUUUUACUUCACUUUUCCCCUCUUGGCUCGAAUACAAACAAAAACAUUACACUACACUACACAACAUUUCUUAGUUUUCUUCUUCUUUCUUCUUUUUGCCUCUUCGAAUUGUUCGAUAGUCUAUGCUCAUGUGUGUGCGUGUGUGUGUGUGUGUGUGUCUCUGUGGCUUGACUACCUCAUCAAAACAAAAAACAAAAAAAACAAUUGAAAAAAAAACCACAAACGUUAAAAAUGAAAUGCACUUUUUGUUCGAUAUUUUUUAAUGAAUUAAUUAUAUGCAUAUAUAUUAUUAUUAUACGAUACUAUUACUUAUUUUUUUUUUUGCGCGAUGUUUUUUUUUUGACUAAUCUUUAGACGUGUAAUGAAGCACCUUGUACAUAACCUUAAAUUUGAUAUAUAUAUAGAAAUUGUAACCUUACUCUAUAUAUGUGUAUGUAUGUAUAUCGAUAUUUUAUGUGUAUCUAUAACAUUCCGAGCAACAGGCAAUUUGUUGGCAGUCACAGCCGCAUCAGUAAUUAUUAAUUUUAAUUUCGUUACAACCCUCCCCAAACCCCACCCCCCUCAACCCCAUCCCCAGUUAAACUUAAAAAAAAACAACAAUUUGUGCGAGAUUAUUAAAAAAAAAAGGAAAAUUAAACACACAACUAAGCAAGAAAAAUGCAAAUUAAUCUAAUUAUUAAUUAUGAAGAUGAUGAAAUAAGAAAUUUAAGCUUAAAAACCAUGCGAUAUGAUGACGUUUGAUAUUUUUUUUUUUAACUAAAACUUAGUCAGUGAUAAAUAUGAUAAAAAAAAACAACAACAACUUAACAUUAUGCGUAAUUGAUGUAUAUGUCUAAUUUCGUCUUUAUAUAUUUACUAUAUUAUAUAUAUUUGUGUGAACAAGAACCAGAAACAUUGAAAGCUGUUGCCUUAAAAAUAAAAAAUUUCAAAAACCUACACGCUGGAUAACUAAAAACAAACAAAAAAAAACAAAAACAAAAACAAAACAAAAAUCUAAUAUGUAUACAUUUAUAAAUUGAAAAGCAACAAAAACCAAUUUAGUUUGUAAGUUUGUUAAACAUUUUUUGCGAAACUAGAAUGUGCUCUUAAACAAAAAUAAUAAAAAAGAUAGAUAUAUAUAACAAUAUAUAUUCAAAACAAAAUUGACCAUAUACAAAAAAAAAACAUAAAAACAAAAACAAUUCGCCUUAUUAAAUUUAAAGAACAAAAAAUACUUACAAAAAAAAAAAAAAAAACAAUGAAAAAUAUUUGUGUAUGUGUGUUUUAUCGCUUGAGCAAAAUAUUUGGACAGAAUUCAAGAUAACUCUAUAUAUACUAUACAUAUAUAUAAAUAUAUAUAUAUAUACCGAUGUGUGUACAAGAACAACAACAACAACAAAUAUAUAACAGCUGUGAACACCAAAAAGUGGCCUAAAAAAAAAAACAAUUAACUGAAAGAGAUCGUAAAAAAGUGCUUUUCCAUAUUGUAUUUUCCCUUUUAGUUGCCCCUUUAACAAAGGAUAAAAUAUUUGUUUGUUUUCUUAUUUUUGUAACAGAAUAAAAAUUGCCUCGAUUUGUACUAAAGAUUAAAAUAUUUACAAAGCAACUAUUUAUAUAUACAUAUAUUGUACAACACAUAAAGAUGUAUGUAUGAUAUUCAUAAUAAAUAAAUACUUAUACAUGUAGCAUUUAGUGAGCACGGCUUUGUAGUUGUACAUGUCUACCAUACACUAUAAAUAAUAAUAAUAAUAAUAAUGAUAGCUAUUCUCUACAAAUUACGAUCCUUGAUCGGCUCUCUAAAAGGUUUUGUCGUCUGUCUGUGUACAAUUUGUUAAUUGUUUUAGAAAGCAAAAACAAAAAAAAAACGAAAAAGAAAAACUUCAGAGUUCAUUGAAAUUGUUGUAAAUAUUAAAAAAAAAAUACUAUAUAGUAUGCCCUCUGCCCUCUCUACUCUAUAUAAAUAUAUAUACCCAGAUACCCUCUGCUGCCUGAUAUAUAUGAUAUUAUUACUUCAGCUUCCAAGAAACGAAACGAAAAACAAAAAAAAAUGAAAAAGAAAAUGAAUUGAACUCAGGUCAAAUAUUUUGUGUGUAUUUGUUUAUCAUUUCUUCAAAUUCAAGAAAAACAAAAUUACAAAUUACAAAAUGAAAAUAAACACAUAAAUGUUAAAUUGUAAUCAAUGUUAAUUCCUUAAACAACAAAACAAAAAAAAAACGUUCUAGUGCAAAAUUUGGCUACAAAAACAAAACAAAACAAAAAUUGAAAUGAAAAAGAAAAAGAAACAUAUUUAUUAUAAUAAAGAAUACCUCUCACAUAUGCAUACAUACAAAACAUAUUUGUUAUACCCUAGCUACCUAGCUAAGCUCGGGUAUAUGCGUUCUCUGUGUCUGCAGCUGAACUUUUGCUUGAUCGAAAACAAUGAAAGCGAAAAAAGAAAAAUCAGUUGAAUAAGUCUAGAUUAUAAAUAGAUCAUGCUGCAUCUCUCUUCCACUCCCAAUAUUCCCCUAUAUAUAUCUAUAUAUUCUGUCCCCCUGUUCUCAGUCUGUCUAUCCGUUUCUCUCGCUCUCUCAUUCAGUUUUGACUAGUAGUGGCGCAUCUGUCAUCUCUCUCUCUCUCUCACUUUACUUUUUGUAACUUCAUUCGACUCUCUCAUUUAGCUCUUAGUUUUAGUUUUUACAAUCCUGGUCAACAACAAUACCGAUACAGAUAUCGAUAUCGAUAACGAUAAUAUCAUCAAUCACAACAAGAACAACAACAACAUUGUUGCAACAAAAUGCGCUACGAAGUACCUGUACAAUGUUAAUAAAUAUAUAUGCAUAAAUAUUGUUAAAUGUAUAACAAAAAACAAAAUCAGCAAAUCUUCAGCUGCAGACACAAAAAGGACGCACUAAAAAAAAAAUAAAUAAAUAAAAAAUAGUCGAUACAAAAAAUCGAAAAUUUCACUGUAUCGCAAUCGUAUAGUAUAUACAUUGUUCUUUACAAAAAUAUUUAUGAUAUGAUAUGUGUAUGUGUAUUAAUUAUAACUACAAUUGCCCGAAAACGAAAUUAAAAACAUAAAUGAUGAUGACAACAAAACAAACAAACAACAA